AUGAGCUCCAUGCAGCAAACUCACUACAAUCAGACAUUCAAUGUCGUCGAUCCAGCAUUUUAUUCUCAACAACCUCAGCAGCAGCAACAGCAGCAUCUUCAGCAAUAUAUGACAUUGCAGCAGCUUGAACUUGAACGCAUUCGUCAGGUACAGCAACAAGCUGCUAUCCAGCAGCAGAGAGCAUUGGAGAUGAUGUAUUACCAACAAGAAAUGCUUCAUCAGAAUCCACAAAACCAUCAAAUGGGCCCAUUGCUCUUGUCCAAUGAACAUUUGAACGAAUUCAUGACACCUCAAAUGGGUCAUUACUCACCUUCCUCCUCCGCAUCCCCUCCUUCUCACUCUAUGAGCCAUUUCCCGAACCAACAAGAUAGAGCCAGCAACGCUACGGGUGGCAAUAAAGCUCAAAAGAGAGCUGAGCACAAUGCCAUUGAGCGUGCACGUCGUGAAUGUUUGAACACCAAAUUCCAGCAGCUUGCACAUUCACUACCUAAUUUGCAAAAUGAUCGCAGACCUUCCAAAGGCACUAUCAUUGAGCGCACGCUUGAAUAUGUUAAACAAACGGUUCAGAAGGAAGAACGCUUCCAAUCUGAAAUUGAUCAGCUCCGUCAAGCAAAUGAGAAUUUGAUUUACAAAAUGACAAGCGACCAUUUUGGCACGGACAGCAUUAUUGAAGAAACCGAUGAAGAACUCGAAUACGAAGACUCCAACACACCGGAUUGCGAUGACAACUUUAGUAGUCGCUCCUCUGUCACAUCCGUUUCUUCGCAUCAUCUGUAUUCGUUCACUGAACAACAACAACCUCAAAAUGCAUUUGAAAAAGCUGGUGAUGCUUCUUUCAUCAGCAGUGGCUCCCCGGCCUUACUCUUGUGA